GUCAGUCAAAAAAGCGUGUGUGUGUGACAUAAAAUAAUACACGCGGUUUGAGGUUAUAUUUUGUAUCAAACGCUGUAUUUAUAAGUUUGUUUCCAAAAUGUCGUUCCGCGGAAGAGGCGGUGGUGGUGGACGAGGUGGUUUCGGUGGCGGCAGAGGCCGCGGUGGUGGUGGUGGGCGAGGUCGAGGCGGAGGCGGCGGCGGCGGUUUCAGGCAGCAAGACUUUGGGCCCCCGGAGUCGGUCAUACCACUAGGUCACUACGGCUGGACCGUGCAGGACGAUCUCGUGUGCAAAGUGGACAUCGAAGACGUGCCGUACUUCAACGCACCCAUUUAUCUUGAAAACAAGGAGCAGAUCGGCAAAAUUGACGAGAUAUUCGGCAACCUGCGCGACUACUUCGUAUCAGUGAAACUAGGAGAGAACAUUAAGGCGAAAAGUUUUAAAGAGGGGCAGCAGUUUUUCAUCGAUCCGGCGAAGUUGUUGCCUCUGAAAAGGUUUCUGCCUCAGCCGCCCGGUGCUAAACGGGGAGGCCGUGGUGGUCGCGGGGGCGGAGGUAGAGGAGGCCGGGGCGGCGGCGGGUUCGGAGGUGGUGGCGGCGGAGGUUUCGGUCGCGGUGGCGGCGGUGGUCGCGGAGGUGGCUUCAACCGCGGCGGCGGGGGCCGAGGUGGGGGCUUCAACCGCGGUGGCGGCGGCGGCUACGGCGGCGGUGGUGGCUUCGGCGGGCGUGGUGGCGGCGGCGGCCGAGGCGGAGGCUUCAGAGGCGGCCGCGGCGGAAGAUAGUGCCCAGACAGUACUACUGACAGUGACAGUGCUAUCACAGCUUAAGAGGACUUGUGAGUGGCCCUCGCCACAUGGGGUUACACUACAUUUGAUAAUGUUUUACCUAAUUAUAGGUAUAUGUUAGUUCAGUCUGUGGAGGGAGAAUAUUUUAGGAUAAGAAUUUUUUUGUAAAUGGUAUAUUGUUGUGUUGACAGUGCUGCGCCUUGUGGUGAGGGCCAUAACAAUAACAUUCAUUAUAGUUUUAAGAAUAAAAGAUAUAUUUCCAGA